AUGGUAAAACCUUCUCCUGAGCAUGCAUUUUUGUAUUAUUCGAGAGCUUUAAAUAGCGAUAUUGUUGUUAUGAUUCAAUCUAUGGGUGCGGUUACAUUACCAGCAGCUUAUGAUAUAGCUAUCAAAGCAGAAAAUAGCCUUAUACAAGCUGGUAAAAUUGCCCCUAGGCCUCCUAUGCCUACUUUUCCUGAUAUACAACCAUCAAUGCCUUUACAAGUACCCCCUUUAGUUGCAAUACCUGUUGUACCAGCACUAGAUAAACAGAAACAACAAGCUUCUACAAGUCAACAAGCUGUUAAUACACUUCCACCUGUCCAGAAUGUGCAAAUUUUACCAAGAGGACAGCCUGCACAACCUAAAGAACAUCAGAAGGUUCAAUCUCAGUCAACUCCAGCUCAUCAAGAGCCUACUGUUCCAAAAGUACAACAUAAGAUUGAAGAAGUUCUAAAAGAAUUUCAUGAAGGACCUGUAGGAGGUCACUUUGCAGCAAGAACAACAGCUCUAAAAAUUAUGAGAGUUGGUUAUUAUUGGCCUGAAAUGUUUAAAGAUGCUCAGUCAUGGGUAAAAAAAAGUGAGAAAUGCUCAUUGUUUGCAGGCAAACAGAGGCUGGCAGCCUUGCCUUUGCAACCAAUUGAAUUUGAGUAG